CACCCGGACUACUCGGGUGGUGUUUCUGAACGCGGCCUAGCAGAGCCACUAGUUCGUGCUCCGUUUCUUCUGCUUGAUUAAAAUAUGGCGGCAGCGGCAAAUGGCUGGUUGUUGAACAAUCUUUUCGCGACCUACAGGCACGCGGCGUGCCUCAAUUUUUGCCCCAUCGGUUUCCUGCAGGCGCGAAACUACGCCGCCAGGAAAGGCACGAGAGAAAAGGCGAGGAAGAAAAAGGUCAAAGUGGUGAUUGAAAAAGUGGGUUUUAUCCCGCACAACCAGAGAGCGGCGAAGAUCGAGGCCAAGAAGAAGAAAAUUGAUAUAAACGAGAUUAUAUUGGACGACAGUAAGAGGUCCGAACCCAUAGAUAAUGUGUGGAUCGCGCAGUUUUACAAGUGGAAAAUUCACACGUUUGAAGAAGCAGUGCAGAACCACCGCGAGACGCAUCACCCCACUAUCUACAAUUUACCGGAGGCGCCGGUAAAAGCGCUCAUAGAAUUGGAUAUGCAGGGCAUAAAGAAGACCAAAUUUGUCGAUGCUUUCACACGAAUAGUGUGUCUACCGCACGUGUUCAGUCAUGGCCAAAACAGGAAGGUAUUGGCGUUCUGUCAAACUUCCGAAAUGGAGGAUGUUGCAAAGGAGGCUGGAGCUCACUUCGCCGGUGGUAAAUGGUUAAUAAAGAAGAUUCAGAAUGGAGACUUUUCGUUGAAAGAAUACGACGUUGUGGUGUCAGAACCAGGUAUCUUACCCGAUUUGCUGCUCAUUAGGGGACUCAUGAGGAAGAAGUUUCCCAGCGUUAAAUCGGGUACCCUGGGUGCCGACGUAAAAAUGCUUGUAACGAAAUUUCUAAACGGCAUAAUGUAUACGGCGAAGCCGCAUGAGCUGUUGAAGUCUUAUGGCACCAUUGAUAUUGCAUUUGGAACGCUCGACAUGGACACGAAACAGUUGGAGGAGAAUUUUGCUGCCAUUAUUAAAGAUGUCCACGAUGCAAGGCCACGUCGACCGGGACCUUUUAUCACAAGAACUCGUAUUGUAUGUUCGCAAUCGAAAGAAAUGCUUAAAGUUGACUUCGAGCAGUAUCUGUCUGAAGAUGGUACACUCGAAGCAGCAGCAACAGAAGUAGAAGAAGACGGGAAAUCAGACGCUGUUAUUGCAUCUCAUUAAUUUUGUCCACAGGUCAAUCUAUCAAUAAAAUGAUACCUAUAGUUAAAUAUAU